CGAAUUCCCGGAGAAAAAUACGAGGUGAAUUAGUACAUAGAAUAACGCGCGCGAAAUUUGAAGUCCGAUUGUUACUGCGGCAAGUGCGAGGAGCCCUAGUGAGACAGGUUUGUGAUCAAAACUCCACGAGGAUGCGUCGCGCCUUUUUGCAUCUCUCCUUUGCGCUUUCAAUGCUACAGAAAGCGACGAACCCGGUUCAACUUGAGCCGACUCACUCAUAAAUAAAGAUAAAGCAUGUCGGGGAGCAAUUUACCGGUUUACCUGUUGUAUAAGGAGCAUCGCACAAAAAGGAAACACACCUGUUGGCUUUAUUUUGCUGUUGAGCGCACCAAACCAGUCACGUGGCCGCGAAGCGUCACGUGUCGUGUGACGCCAUCAAUAAUGCAUCAUCCUUGGCGACCGAACGGGUCCUAGCAACGGGUGAAUACCAACAAACAAACCUCGGUGGAAAAAGUGGCCAUGUUUUGACGGUGAAGGUUGCAUUCUGAGGGCUUGGGGACAAAAUUUCCUUGUUUUCAGGAAGUUUUGAGUGAAGAUCGUUGCAUAAUAAUGGAUUGGCGCUAUCUGCUAUCUGUCUCGCCACACAAUCUGCCGGAGGACCGCAAGGGCCAGCUAGCAGAUGACCUGGAAACGGUACCGACCGAUCAGAAGCUGGACAGCAAAAGUUCCAAAAAACUUUUCCGCUUGGCUCAGGUGCUGCUACGUUUCCGGAAUGAACAGGUCAAUCAACUUAAAGUUAGGAUAGCACAAUUGCAGGAACAAAACCAACGGGACCUGGCGCUUGGGGAAAAUUCUUCCGGAAAUCACUUUCGGGAACAACUAAGGGAACAAAAACGUAAUGUGGAACGUUUGGAAAGCGAGCGCCAUGCAAACCGAAUCAAGAUCAAGGAACUUUCCGAAGAAAUUAGUGCACUGCAGAAGAAGCUUGCAGAAACAAGUCAUUUCGGAAGUGAAGCUGAAGAUUCUCCGGACGCACUGUCGGAAAUCGAUCGGCAACAGGAACUAUACAACAACAUCAGCAUGAAGAAUAAGCACAUAAAACGACUUUUGCGAGAUAUAGACGAUUUGGAGAAGCGAAAUAGCUUUCAGAUUGACACCAUCAACAGCCUUCAAGUCAGUUUAAAUGAUGCUACAAUGAAUUUAACGGAUCUAACGCAUCAGUUUGAGGAAGCGAAAGCCGUUAUGAAAGAACAGGAAAUGUUGAUCGAAGAGGCAAAUGAGAAAAUUAAACGAUUGGAAAUCGAUGUGGAACAGGUUCAGGAAGAAAAAGCUAGAUGUGAAGAAGACCUGGAGGACUUUGCAAAUCAGUUAGAUAUUCGAACAGCCCGGUGGAAGGAAGUUUUGUCACAGAAGCAAAAUGAACUGGAAGAAAUUCAAAACAAGUACUCAGAAUUACUGGAGCAGUUUCCCGGGUACGAUGUGGAAGCAGAACGAAAAGAGUUCAAAAAGAUGACCGGUAGACUUCAGGAAAAAGAUGAAAUGAUCGAGCAGUUAGAACAGAAAAUAACGAUGCUUUCACAAGAAAUUCUCACUUCCACCGAAUUGAUGAAUAGGAUUUCAAUGGAGAAAGAGACCAGCAGCAAAGAAUCGGUAAAGGUUAGUCAGUGUUGCGAGGAAAGCCGAGCAUUGCUCGAGAAUGCAAACAAACGCUGCGAGGAGAUACAGGAGAUCUUAUCAAACGUUGAAGAAGAUAAUAUGAUCAAAUCCAGACAGGCUAUCGAAGCUGUUGACGCACUGCGUAGGUACGAAAGCGGCGAGGAUGGUUUAGCAAAUGCGUUGAAGAAAAUCAAUAGAUUACACGAAAAAGUCAACGUACGAGACAAGCAGAUCAGAGAGCUGAUUGCCGAGAUUAAUGUGGCCAACGAAAUUGCAAUGGAGAACGCUGUUUUGAGAAAGCGAUUGGGGGUUACCGAAGAUGAAGUCAUCCCAACUCAUUCGAUCCUGUCAAAGCAGAGAAAAAUUGAAAAGGUCAAUGAAAGGUUGGCACUCAAGUUACGUGCGUCCGAAGAGAUGCGAUUGCAGUUGAAGCUUGAGAAAAAUGAUUUGAAGCGUAAAAUUUUCCAACUGUCCCGGUCUGCAUCUUCGCAGCAAAGUAAAAUUGAAGGAGAAGGGUCAGAACCAACACACGAUAAAGACGAAUCCAAUCAAAUAGAUGAAAAUGUAGUUGCUCACGAAGAGCAAACUACAAACCUAAACGAGGGCCUGAACGUAAAGUUUUGUGAGCACUGUAUGAAGCAAUACAAUACUCAAGAUAGCGCCAAGUAUUGCAAGGCCUGCAUUUUCCGGCAAAAUUUUAACUAUUGUGACAGUUGUGUGAAUAAACUGAAGAUGAAUUUCACCGACAAUGGAAUGGUUAAAGGGAAGGAAGACGAAAAGAUGGAAAAGCUGGAAAAGAAAUAUGCUACGGUGUUGGAGGAGAAUGAAAAUCUUCGCAUGGGAAUGCAUGAGAUACUGCAAAAGUUGAGAGAUUAUGAUGCAAUGUCCAACCAUUUAACCAUCGACAAUUCAAUGUUGGAACGUUUAUUGCAAGCCUUAAACGCUCGAAAUUUAAGUGAAUGGUACCAUCCUUCGAUGAGUUUACCGAAAGAGCUUCUCGAAACGAAGGAUCGACAUUCGACCCUCAAAGAUUUCAAAAAUCAACAAAGCACACUUUCGGUUGCGAGUCGUGAUGAUUCCGGUAAUGUAUGUGACGAUGAAGAAAAUACUGUGGACAUAGAGCAUGAAGACCGACAUGACUUUAGUGAGCAAGUUUUACUCAAAUCAGUUGAAAUCGAAGCCCUUACAGAAACUGUCGAGUCUCUUAAGAAGGAAAGGGAUGAGCUUAUGAAACUGAACGACGAUCUAGGUAUAACCCAGAAGCUUUACGACGAACUUCUACAGUUUACUAAAUCAACCGAUGAGGAAAAAGAUAAACUGCUUGUGGAAACGUUGGAUCGUUUGAGAACUAUUGAAUCCAGCAUUUGUGUGUUCCAAAGAAAGGUCGAGUUUUUGAAGGCUGAAAACGAUAACAUGCAUAAUACAUUACGAGCCAUAAAAGUUGAACACAUCCAAAUUCUCCAUGAGUUAAAAACAGAACUUAGUAGGAAAACCACAAGUCUUAAACGUCUGGAAUCUCAAUCGAAGUGUGAAGGAAGAAAUAUCUAUAGCCCCGAUUCCGAGUCCAUAGAACGACUAGAAAAGGAAAUCGAAAGGAUGAAGCUAGAAACUACAAACUUUUACAAAAUUUUCCUUAAAAAUAUCCAAGACGUUGAUAAAGAGAACAGCAUCGGAUUAGAAUACGACUUUCUGAGUCGAUUUGGGCUAGUAGAUUCAAAUUUGACCAUCGACUUCAUUUCCAAAGAUGAAUUCAAAAGAAUCAAUUCUCAACUUAAAAAUGCUGAAGAUGAGCUAAAGAAACAGCUUAUACGCAACGGACAUCUGCAGGAUUUGUUAAAAAUAUCUCAGGAACAAAUCAGCUCCCAACAGAUGCUGAUAUCAAAGUACUCGGAUGAGGAAAUAAGUUUGCGACAUUUAGUUGCCGAUUUGCAGAGUUCUUCAAACGAAAAGUAUCUUCUAGCGAGAACGCAAAAGGAUUUGGAUGAAGCUCGUGAGCGUGAAGAAUUCCUGAAGUUGGAAAACAAUAAACUAAAGCAAUCCUUGGUUGAAGUUGCAGAAGAGCUAGAGAAAACUAAAAGCAAAUUGGUGCAACAAGAACAGAAUUUUGUGGAGAAACAAAAGGAUCAAGUUUUGAAAAUAAAGUUUUUAACGCAAAGUGUGAAAAUGUUACACGAGAGCUACAAUUCCUACACGCCAACGUACGCCGUUGUCGAUUUUGUUAAACAGUUCUGUCAGCUCGCAGAGCUGCGAAAAAAGUACAGCAAGGAGGAGUUCCUCAACAAUCAACGUAAGCAAGAGGAAGAGUACGACCGUAUAUUUGCCAAGCUGAAUGAAAGCCUGAAUGAAAGUCAAAUACAGGACAAAAUCAAGUUGAUCAAAGCCGAAAGCCAAUGUGAAUACCUCAAUCGGCUGCUGAUCGGCCAUCAGGAACAGAUAGAGCAGCUUCAAGAGGAAAAUUCUAAUCUCAAAAUGAGGGACCUCGAAAAUACUCGGCACUGGGACACAAUCGAGAUGGUAUUCGGAGAUCGAGGAAAACCCGUGAGAACCAAGGAUAAGUAUUUCGACAAAUCAAUCCAGGUCGCUGUUGAAAUCAGCCACAAAUGUAUCAACACCAUUCCUAUCAUCGAUGAUAGCUUGGCGGAGAAACCGCGUCAAGCAACACCUCCUCUACGGCAAACUUCAAUCCAAACCAUCGAUGCUGGUCAGAUGACUGACGAACUAACCCCUAAUGCCGGGACACAACCAUCGACUGCCACCCAAAAAUCCCUGGAAUCUCAGCUGAAACAAGCCAUGAUGCUGGCUUCGACAAGGAGUGCUCUCCUUCUGGAAACAGAAAGCAGAUUAACCGAAUGUCACGGUCGCAUCAAGUUGCUUGAGAAAACUUUGGACGAUAAGGAAGCUCAGCUGAAGAAAGAAAAGGCGGCUGCCUCCUCGGGAGACCGAAUUGAUGAUACCGUUUUUAGCUCGACGAUUGGGUCGUUGCAAACUUUGCUUCUCGAUAAGGACACAACGCUUUCAAAAUACCAAGAGUUGUUGAGAAAUGAACGUACCGAGCAUACGAAAAUAUACGAUGAAAGCUUGGAACAGAUCAAGCUUCUCAAAAAGAAUAUCGACCAACUGGAACUGAAACUGUACGACAAGCAAAAAGAAGUUGAUAAUCUGACGAUAAAGCUGAAUGAUAUUAGUCAGCAGAAAGCGCAACAAGAAGCACUGAUCGCAGCUACGGAAACUCGACAAACUUCAGACUACCAUCAGCGGGAAAACGCUGGACUAGUUUACACCGAUAACGUGAUCGAGAAUAUGUAUGAAAUAGAUCAGAAGAAAGAGGAAGAGAUGGAAGCGUUGAAGGCACAAAACAAACUUCUAACCAGCAAGCAUAAGGAGUUAGAGGAUGAGCUGAGAAAACAACAAGCCCAGCUGCGAGAGUUGGUAGUUCGCGAGAAACGCUGUGAGAAGUCUUUAAAAGAGAAGGAAGCCCAGAUUGUCAGUUUGAACGAACAGUUGAAACGGGAGCACGAAGAUUUGAAAGAGUUAACAGAAUCGGUUGCAACGGCACAAGAGAUCGAACAGCUAAGGGAAAUGUUGGAGGAAAAAGAUAACCACAUACAAGAUCUUACCGAGACUCUUAACCAAUUUCACGACGAUCAGCAAAAGUUCAUGAACGACACCUCGUUGCACUCGGCUGAGCAAGUUUCUCAGCUGAGUGCAGACCUGAAUCGAAGUGAGGCAUCUAAUCGGGUGCUGAAGACACAGAUCGAGGCACUGAAGCGUCAAAUACUCAGCAUUCAACAACGGGAGAAGCAGUCACGUGAUUUGGUGAAGACGUUGAAAAAUCAACUGAUCAAACGCCCGGUAAUCGCAAUGAAACCCGAUCGAACGACGACUCCUCGCGAGGAUCAGCUAGCGCGGAAAGUUCAAAUGCUGGAAACCGAACUGCACGACACCAAAGAGGAACUGCGGAAACAAAUCAGCAUCAACGAAUCGAGGCGGGCGAAGAAUGCUGCGGAGCUAGACUUGUGGAAUAAGCAGAAGCGCUGGCAGCAAAUUGCUGAGAAGUUGAAACUCCAGCUAAGGGAAAGAGAAUUGGAGCUGGAAAAACUGAAGGUUCACUUCAAUACGGCAAAAACGACAAUCGUUCGCAUGGAACGGGAAAAGUCGUUGCGUGGAACGAGUGCCGGUUCCUCGGGUAGACGUUUGGACAAUAAGUAUGCACCAACAGAAACUCCGGAUUCGUGUACGGCUUCCGAAAGUACUGGGUCCGAUGAGGCUAGUACCGAGAUCAAUACGUUUGCUCAAAAUAGUAAGGAAAUCAUUGAAGCAUUGAAGAACCGGAUCGAAUCGCAGCAGCGACGAAUUAUUGCGAUGGAGCUGGAACGGAAGGGAUCAAAUUCCGUAACACAUGAACUGGAGAAGAUGCAGGAAAAGAUCUGUAAUCUGGAGGCACAGAACAUUCGCUUGGAGGCGAAGUCCUUACAAUUGCAGCUCGACAACGAUAUGCUUCGCCAGAGAGAUGAAUCGGAAAGGCUCAAAGGGCAGAUCAAGCACUUGGAAGACUACAUCAUCAUUUUGAAGGAAGAGCUCAGCAAAGCAACGGCCGGUCUUUCGGAAACCAUCAACUAUGAUAAUCUCUGUCAUCGAUGUGCUGGUUCUAGUAAACCGGUUGGUGGUAGUAACGGAUCAAGCUCAGCGAGUAACAGCGAACUAACCAGCUACAAUUCAAAACUGGAACAAACAGUAAUAGCACUGCGAAGAGUGGUGGAAAAAUUGAAGGCUGAAAAUAAGCACCUUCGGGAGAGUAAACACUCGAUUUCCGGAAACGGAAAGGAGGGUGGAAAGUCUUCACCCGUUACGGUAGAUUCCACCAGAGAAAGCUACGAUCGGUUGAAAAAGGAGCACGAUAAACUGCAGCAGAACUAUUCAGAAACACUGAAUCGUGUGGCUGCCCUACAGGUGGAAGUUGAGCUGUUGUCUAGUGCACAAUGUCCACGCUGUAAUCCACGGGAGUUAGAUGACAGCCAAAAUCUUCCGACUGAGGGAGAUGAUCAAGAAAAGUUAUCUUCAACUAGUGAAGAAUUAAAAGAGCAGCUCGAACGCAAAUCUCAGCUUCUUGAGAAGGCCAAAAUAUUGCUGUCCAGAGCGGCAGCAAAGGAGCGUUACUUGAAAGAGCAAAUUUCAUUGCUGAGAAGAAAAUGUUCAGAUUUGCAAAACGUACCUGUCAUUGAUGAAAUAAGUGAAUAGGUUUACUACUUACCGUUUUUUUUGUUCAUUUUGGAACUAGCACCAACAGUCACUGCCAUUAAUGUUUUGAAAGGAUUUUGUUCACUCUUUUAUAACAGUCUUGAGUUAAAAUACUAUGUAGUGUGGUGUGAAUAGAUUUAAAUAUAAGCAUAACUUAUUGAACGCAUGUUGUUUGUUUCACAUUUAAGCUGUUAGAAAAUCAAAACUUUACGUGACUGUUAGUAAUUACA